AUCAGCACCUCCUACUCGUAAGGCGUCCUAUACUUAUACUUGCCCAUCCCCCAACAACCUGCACCACCCACCACGAACCGCAUUGAUACAGCCUCUAUCCACUCCCCUCCUCCACCCUCCACAAUGUUCAGACCCGCAGUCAUACGACCAGCCACCAAGGCCCUCAGCCAAUCCACGCGCCCCGCCCUAAACACCGCAUUCCUCCGCCCCCUCUCCUCCACAGCUCCGCUCCGCAAGGACUCCCCCCACAGCAAGAAAGACCCCCUCCUGGCGGCAACCACCACGGCACCCGGGGGCGCGCUGGAGGCCGAAGGCCAGUACGCGCGGACGGACGAGAACGUCAAGAUCGAGUACCCGGACGACGAACACAUGCCGCGGUCGCCGGUGGUGCAGGGCCGCGGCGGGAUGCACUUCAAGCGCACGCUGGCCAACUUCUCGCUGGAGAACAAGGUCACCCUGGUGACGGGGGGUGCGCGCGGGCUGGGGCUGGUCAUGGCGCAGGCCAUUGUCGCGUCGGGGUCGGAUCUCGCCAUCGUCGAUCUGAACAGUACGUCUUCCCGCGGGAUGUGCGGCGUUGAUCCCCUUGGGAUACUGACCGGGUGCGCAGAGCAGGAGGCCGAAGAACAGGCGAAGAAGCUGGUGGAGCAGUUCCAGAAAGAGAAUCCGGGCUUGGAGGCGGACCAAAUGCCCACCGUCACGGCGCACUACUCCGACGUCUCGGACCCGGAGUCCGUGAGCCGCGCCAUCGCCGAGGUGAUCGCGCAGCACGGCCAGAUCGACCACCUGGUGACCUCGGCGGGGUUCACCGAGAACUUCGACGCGAUCUCGUACCCGCACGACCGCAUCCAGAAGCUGUGGGGCGUCAACGUCGACGGCACGUACCUGUUCGCGACGGGGGUCGCCAAGCACCUGAUGGAGCGGAAGGUCCCCGGGAGCAUGGUCAUGAUCGGCAGCAUGUCCGGGGCCAUCGUCAACGUGCCCCAGCCCCAGGCCCCCUACAACGCCGCCAAGGCCGCCGUCCGCCACCUCGCCGCCUCCCUCGCCGUCGAAUGGGCCGGCCACGACAUUCGCGUCAACUGCAUCAGCCCCGGGUACAUGCUGACGGCCCUCACGCGCAAGAUCCUAGACGAGAACCCCGAGCUCCGCGAUAAGUGGAUCUCCCUGAUCCCCGUGGGCAAGAUGGGCACCCCCGAGGAUCUGAUGGGCGCCGUCACCUUCCUCCUCAGUGACGCUUCCCGGUACAUCACCGGCGCCGAUCUGCGGGUCGACGGCGGCUACACCUUGACCUGAUCUUCCACCCUUCCAGUUCAUGUUGAUAUGUACUGUCCCGGUCCAAUACCAUACUCACUAAUAAGACACGAUGUACAU